CACACGAAGCCGAAACAGGCGAAACCGUUACGGUUUCGAUCUAUCCGGUUUCGCAGUAUCUCCGUAAAGACGAAGCCAAGCGAAACCGGGUAGAUCUGUAGAAACGCUGUAGUACACAUGCCUGGCCCAUAAGGGGCGCUGCUUCUGCUACAGAAAUCCUUGUUGUUGUGAGUUCUGAGACUCCGCGGGCUUAGCAGUCAUUGGCUAGAGGGUCGAGGGAUGGGGCGAUGACGUCAUGGUUUACGGUUUCAGUCGGUUUCAGGCGUCCACAUGAAUCCAAAACGAAACCGGGUAGAUUUGAAACCACCUCCGAGGGUGGUUUCAGAAGUUUGCGGUUUCGGUCAGCGGAUUCGCCGGCUUCGUGUGGACGGAAGGCCGAACCGUACAAGACCUUUGCGGUUUCGCCAUGAAAUCGGCUUCGUGUGGACGGGUCUUUCUCUUUCUGUCUGUCUCUCUCUCUCUGUCUCUGUCUCUCUGUCUCUGUCUCUGUCUCUGUCUCUCUCUCUGUCUCUGUCUGUCUGUCUGUGUGACUCUGCGUGUCGCUCUCUCUCUCUCUUCGUCUCUUGUGUCUCUCUCUCCAGGAUCAAACAUGAAAAUGUUGUGGGACUGGAGGACUUCUAUGAGAGCCGAUCCCACUACUACCUCAUCAUGCAGCUUGUUUCCGGCGGUGAGCUCUUCGACCGCAUCCUGGACCGAGGCGUCUACUCGGAGAAGGACGCCAGCAGCGUGAUCCAGCAGGUGCUGCAGGCGGUCGGCUUCCUGCAUCAGAGUGGGGUGGUUCACCGUGACCUCAAGCCGGAGAACCUCCUGUACUACAGCCAGGAUGAGAACUCCAAGAUCAUGAUCAGUGACUUUGGCCUUUCCAAGAUGGUGGACAACGGCAUCAUGUCAACAGCCUGUGGGACUCCGGGAUAUGUGGCUCCAGAAGUGUUGGCCCAGAAACCGUACAGCAAGGCAGUGGACUGCUGGUCCAUCGGUGUCAUCACUUAUAUUCUGCUCUGUGGAUAUCCCCCUUUUUAUGAAGAAACCGAGACACGGCUUUUCUCCAAGAUCAUGAAGGCACAGUACGAGUUUGAUUCCCCCUUCUGGGAUGACAUCUCUGACUCUGCUAAAGAUUUCAUAAGCCACAUGAUGCAAAAGAAUCCCAGCAUGCGCUUCUCUACAGAACUGGCUCUCCGCCACCCCUGGAUCAUUGGAGAGACAGCGCGGAGCCAGGACAUCUACCAGUCGGUCAGUGUUCAAAUCCAGAAGAACUUUGCAAAGUCCAAGUGGAAGCAAGCGUUCAACGCCACCAUGGUCAUCAACCACAUGAAGAAGCUCCAGGCGGCCAACUCGGACACCGUCGCCAAGAAGGCCGACGUGCCUGACAUAGUCGUCGACGUCUCCUCGCCCUGCGGGCUACGCAAGAGCCCAGACCCGCCAUGUGCGGGCCCCACGGUGCGGCAGGUCAACGGCAACGUCCCCGGCACAGACCACAUGGCCCUGCCGCCCAGCCCCAACGAGCUCAGGAGCACCUUCCCCCUGAAGACCUCCCAGAGCCACAUCGAGCCACACCACACGCCCAGCAUAGCCACGCAGGGCAAGCACGCCUACCACUCGGAACCGGCCAACCUCAACGGGUAUGGUAAAAACAACAGUGGCAAGGUGAUGCAGACUGGAGUGUGUGCGGUCAUGUGAAAGUCCAGACCCAACAUGGAAUGAUGAACACUUUAUUAGGUCAUUCACCCUGAGGUGGCACAGCGUGAAGCUGGGUGGUGGCAGCUGCUCGUGAGGCUGGGUUGGUUGCCUCCAUGGGUAUUAUAUAUAUAUUUUGAAUAUACUUUUUAUUUAUCCCCAUGGGGAACUUCAUUCUCUGCAUUUGACCCAACCUAUGCCCAGAGCUAGGCGCAGUGGGGGCCUGCCUCCCAGGGCGGCCCCCGGGGACCACCUCGAGGUGUGGGGCCCUUGUCUUGUUUAAUGGCCGGGCGGGAGGGUUAACCUGGAUGUUUAUUUGUCUACUCUACUGCGAGUAGAGCGGGGCCCUCACACCACCGGUAUUCAGAGUGAACACUGGGCCCUCAGACCAACGGUAUUCAGAGUGAACACUGGGCCCUCAGACCAACGGUGUUCAGAGGGAAGAGUUGGCCCCUCAAUCCAGCAGUGUUGAGAGUGAAGAGAGGGCCCCUCAGACCAGUGACUUUUGGGGGGAAGAGUUUGACCCUCAGACCAGCGGUAUUGAGAAUGACACUUGGGCCCUCAGACCAGCAUUUUACAGAGUAAAGAGUUGGGCUCAUUAAGAGUGAAGAAGCCCUCAGACCAGAGAUCUGUGAAGCCUCUCCCAAAGCACAUACGUAUCACAACCUCAUACACACAUACACACACACACACACACACACACACACACACACACACACACACACACACUCACAGUAUAAGCUUAACAAAUUAUGAUGCCCCACUGUUAGACAGUGUAAUGCUCAGUUUCCAUCUGUGCUCCCACUUGUUGCAGGGCUACAGUUCUACAGAUUUCUCUAGACGUUGCAAACACAAUCCCGGACAUUUGUAAUGUAAAGUGUGAUCUUAUUUAAAUGUUGUAAAAAAACCUUGCCCAUAGAGAUGGAUACCUUGAGCAAUUUCCUUGUUUGAAAUGUUUUGAAUGUUUGAACGUUUAAGUGGCAAUCUCAAAUAUUUUCAUGUAAAUAUUUGAUAUGUUUGUUAAGUCACCAAUUAUCGCCGAAUGAGAUAACACAAUGUUGAGUCUACUCUGUAACCCCUGAUGAAAGCCCUUCCGUUUGCAGUAUUAUUUUACGAGCUGGGUGUCGGUAGUGACUGUUACUCUGGGCAACGCUACCACUUAUCGCCAAAGGUGUCGCCAUAGGGUACAAAAGAUUAAUCUUCUAGAUUCCAGAUUAUUUAAGACUAUGACCAUUAAAUAUGAUAAAUGUCUUGAAUUUUUUUUGCCGUUACUUUAUAAUCCAAUUGAAUGUUUAUCCUUUGUGUGCAUGUUUGUAACCCCUUGAACUGAACCUUUUGAAAUAUCUAUGGCUGUGUGGGAUCUGACCCUUUAUAGUUUUUAGUUAUACUGAUGAUGAUGGUACUGUUUUGUUUAAUUUAUGUGAACGUGUGCUACUAUUUCAAAUAAAUAUAGAAAAAGACACGAUACAGACAACAGCUAACCCUCAUAUCUAUGAAUUUAGCAUUUAAUUAUUGCACUGCAUCAAAUAAUAUUGCAAUUUUGACAAUUCAAUCUCUCACCAAUUUGGGAAUAUAUAUUUGUAAACAUAUAGGUAUCACUGAGGCCAUUCUAACAAGGUGGUACUCUUUGGUUCUGUGUUUUUUUGUGUGUCAUGAGAUGUGUGUGGCUUUAUAUUGUUCAAACUGAUUAAUUUUAUUAAUGAGAGAUGCACAAUGCUCGUCGAAUAAAGACAAUACACGUUUUA